UUGCCGAAGCAGCAAUAGGAAGAGCUUAGUGGUGGGCACCCCGUCUCCGACCCUCUCACGGCCUCUCUCCCCCCUCUCCGUGCCGACAGCCGGGAGCAGCCCCUUGGACAGCCCACGCAACUUCUCCGCCAGCACCUCCAUCAACUUCCCCUUCGCUCGCAGGGCUGAUGGCAGAAGGUGGUCACUGGCUUCGCUACCCUCCUCUGGCUAUGGGACCAACACCCCCAGCUCCACCGUCUCGUCAUCCUCAUCCUCCCAGGAGCGCCUGCACCAGCUGCCGUACCAGCCCACCCCCGACGAGCUGCAUUUCCUUUCUAAGCAUUUCCGCAGCACGGAGAGCGUCAUGGACGAGGAGGGGCGGCACUCACCCUGCCUGCGCCCACGAUCCAGGAGCCUCAGCCCUGGACGGACGAGUGGAACGUUUGAUAACGAGGUUGUGAUGAUGAACCAUGUCUACAAGGAGCGGUUCCCCAAGGCCACGGCCCAAAUGGAAGACCGUCUGCAGGACACCAUCACAAACUUCUCUCCAAGCAGCACUCUGCCACUGGCAGACGGGGUGCUGGGCUUCAUCCACCACCAGAUCAUCGAACUGGCCCGCGACUGUCUGGCAAAGUCCCAGGGAGCUCUCAUCACCUCCCGCUACUUCAUGGAGCUGCAGGAAAAACUUGAGAAGAUGCUCCGAGAUGCUCAGGAGCGUUCGGAGAGCGAGGAGGUGAAGUUUAUUGACCAACUGGUGAGGAAGCUGCUGAUCAUCAUCUCCCGUCCUGCUCGCCUUCUGGAGUGCCUGGAGUUUGACCCGGAGGAGUUUUACCAUCUCCUGGAAGCUGCAGAAGGACAUGCCAAAGUCGGCCAGGGAAUAAAGACCGAUAUUCCCCGAUACAUCAUCAGCCAACUGGGGCUUGUCAAGGACCCACUGGAGGAAAUGGUCCAGCUGGAUCACUUCGACAGCGGGAACACCAUCACACCGGAGAAUGAUGACGCCUGUGAGCACCAGCCUUCGGCCACCACUCCUCGGAGGAAGCCCUGCGAGGGGGACUUUGAGACCAUCAAGCUGAUCAGCAAUGGGGCUUACGGGGCCGUGUACCUGGUGAGGCACAGGGAGACGCGGCAGCGCUUUGCCUUGAAGAAAAUCAACAAGCAGAACCUCAUCCUGAGGAACCAGAUCCAGCAGGUGUUCGUGGAGAGAGACAUCCUCACCUUUGCGGAGAACCCCUUUGUGGUCAGCAUGUUCUGCUCCUUCGAGACGAAGCGACACCUCUGCAUGGUGAUGGAGUAUGUGGAAGGGGGGGAUUGUGCCACAUUGCUGAAGAACAUGGGCCCACUGCCCGUCGACAUGGCAAAGAUGUACUUCGCUGAGACCGUUCUCGCACUGGAGUAUCUCCACAACUACGGCAUCGUCCACCGGGACCUCAAACCCGACAAUUUGCUCAUCACCUCCAUGGGCCACAUAAAGCUGACAGACUUUGGUCUGUCAAAGAUCGGCUUGAUGAACAUGACCACAAACCUCUAUGAAGGGCAUAUGGAGAAGGACACUCGGGAGUUCAUGGACAAGCAGGUGUGUGGCACUCCAGAGUACAUCGCCCCAGAAGUCAUCCUCAUACAGGGCUACGGGAAGCCCGUCGACUGGUGGGCCAUGGGCAUCAUCCUCUAUGAGUUCCUGGUGGGCUGCGUCCCCUUCUUCGGAGACACCCCCGAGGAGCUCUUCGGGCAGGUCAUCAGCGAUGAAAUUAUGUGGCCAGAAGGGGACGAGGCUCUUCCCACGGACGCCCAGGACCUGAUCACGCAGCUGCUGAGACAGUGUCCCCUCGAGCGCUUGGGCACCGGGGGUGCGCAUGAGGUGAAGCACCAUUCCUUCUUCCUCCACCUGGACUGGAAUGGGCUGCUGCGGCAGAAGGCUGAGUUCAUCCCCCAGCUGGAGUCAGAGGACGACACCAGCUACUUCGACACUCGCUCCGAGAGGUACCGCCACUUGGAUUCGGAUGAAGAAACCAACGACGAGGAAUCAUCCGUGGAGAUCGGGCAGUUCUCCUCCUGCUCCCAUCGCUUCAGCAAGGUGUACAGCAGCUCUGAAUUCCUGGCAGCUCACUCCAACCUCAGCCUCUCGUCCUCCGAUCGGAGUCACAGCGAGGACAAAGAGGAGCGAUGGGACAGGCACUCGGGAGACGAGGACAGGAGCCGGCUGGCGGGCACAGAGCCCCGGCUCCGCUCCUGGACGUCCUGCAGCUCCACGCCGUACACCUCCCAGCACGAGCGAAGCCGCAGCCCUGCCGCGUUGCCCAGCACCUACAGCCUGGACACCAUGCCCAAAUUUGCCUUCUCCUCGGAGGAUGAAAGCCCUUGUGUAGCAUCCUCCAAGCCGGAGAGACCCAAGUUUGUGCUGGGAGACCCCGACGCAGGGACCGGAGGCGCAGUGAAGCCGUCGGCGUUAUCCGCCGAUCUCAUCAGCCUGAACCGCAUCCGCCUCCGGAGCAACAGCACCGGCACCAAAAACUCAACUCCCCGGGGCUUGGAGCCGGGUGGGAGCCGUCGGCUGGGCAGCCAGAAGGACGUGCCGGACAGGCAGAGAGCUUCUCCGGGUGGCCGUGUCCCCAAAUCUGCCUCCGUCUCAGCCCUGUCCCUCAUCAUCACAUCAGAUGACUUCAGCAGCGGCGCCCUGAUGAGCCCCAUCUCCCCCCACUCCCUCUCGUCGAACCCCUCUUCCCGUGACUCCUCCCCAAGCCGAGACUCGACCCUCGCCAUCGCCAGCCUGCGGCCCCCCAUCAUCAUCCACAGCUCGGGCAAGAAGUACGGCUUCACCCUGCGAGCCAUCCGCGUCUACAUGGGGGACAGUGACGUCUAUACCGUCCACCAUAUGGUCUGGAGCGUGGAAGAGGGGAGCCCUGCGCAGGAAGCGGGACUGAGAGCGGGCGAUCUCAUCACACACGUGAACGGCGAGUCGGUGCUGGGUUUAGUUCACCGGGACGUCGUGGAGCUGCUGCUGAAGAGUGGGAAUAAAGUGGCCCUGCGGACCACUGCCCUGGAGAACACCUCCAUUAAAAUCGGCCCCGCUCGGAAAAACAGUUCCAAGACGAGGAUGGCACGGAGAAGUAAGAAGAGCAGGAAAAGGGACAGCCAGGACAG